GCAGUCUGAGACCUUAAUCAUUUACUCUUAAUAGCUGCAUUAUAGAUGCAGGAGCACCAGACUUUAAUCCAAUAAUCACAGAAAUUAGUGGAAAUGGCGGAGGAAAGUGACGUUGUGGUGUGGGAAUGGUUCACAGAUCACGGGCGAUGGAGACCUUAUCAACCCAACAUCGCCCGUGGAAUCGAGGAGAACUACGGCCGGACCCUUAUGCUUCGUCUGGGUGAUAUAGAUCCGUCCAUGGCCGUGUACGAGAUCGAUUUCAAUACCCGUCAACAAAAGAGAUUGAACACAGGGACGGUACGCUCAAUAAGAAGACGUACCUUCCAAGCUACCUCUGCCCCAGGGAAGAACAUUGAAUGGCAAUGGCAGGAUGACUAUAACUGGUGCCCUUAUGACGUUGACACAUCCUGUAUCAUUGAAGAAGCGUACCAGCAUCCUUACGGUAGCAUUGACUUGUCCACGACACCCAGCUGUCUGCCAUAUGAGCUGGACCUUGUGGCCAUGACGCAGCAGCGCUCGGGGACUGGGUUUGUUCGCAAUAUACGACGGAUGUGCCUGCCAGUGCCUGGGUACCCACGGAUCACGCCUGCGCAGUGCAGCUCCAGCGCCAGCAUGGAGUCUGUGGAGGAGGAUUCGCAUGAUGGUGGUUCAGCCGCUCUGAGCAGGCCGACCAGUCUACAAGCGCCCCCACAGCCGUCGUCUCAGCCCACCGCCACGACAGCGGCGCCGGACGAUUCAAACUCUUCCCAAGGGUCUGACUGUUCAACCUCUGCCUCAUCUUCCUUGGGACGGGCCGGCAAGAAACACCCCGGUAAGCGAGCGGCCUCGCGGAAAUCAGUGGCCGCUACCAGUGGAGUACGAGCUACUGUGGCGUGGACUUCACCACCGGACCCUAACGCAGCAGGGACUAGCUCAGGCAGUGGAGGGAUCGGAACUAGGUCCUCCCUGCCGAGGUCUGUCAGCGUACCAGCUACCAUGGCAGGGGUGAGUGGCUCUGCCAACGAGAGGCCCAGCGUGUCCAGCGGGGCUGUGAUAAGCUCCAGCUCAACAACUUCGUGUUUAGCUGCUGCUGCUGCGGCAGGCAGAAUGACAAGGUCUCAGUCGACACCCAACUCUAUCAUAGCGAGACCAGCGCACGCAGCAGGGGCUCGACUUAGCCCGGUCAUGACAGCCAUCACGGGCCUGUUGCUCUCCACUGCAGUGCCCGUCAAGCUCCACCCGACGCCCAUCCCCAUCUUCUCGCCCCCACCCAUCUCCAAGGGGAGUAUCCGGCCGGUGGAAGGCAUUAAACCCAGCAAGAAGAAGCAGAAGACAACGUCGCUCAUCAGAGUGGAUUCUCCUGAAGAUGUGAUGAAAAAGUAUGUCAACAAGGUCAAGAAGAUACCGGACGAGGAAUGUCCAAUUUGCUAUGAGAAGCUCAGCGAAGGCUCCCAUUACACUGAAGACACGGAUGACGUCGUCUUGAAGUUGAGCAGAUGUGGACAUCUCUUCCAUAGAGGUUGCCUUCACGCCAUGUACAACAGUGGCCCCAAGGAUGGCAGCAUACAGUGUCCAACCUGUAAGACCAUCUACGGUGUCAAACACGGCAACCAACCGUCCGGUCGCAUGGAUUAUCAUAUCAUUCCUCCGUCGCUUCAAGGUUUCCCUGAUUGUGGCACUAUUCGCAUCAUCUAUGACAUACCGCCAGGAACUCAGGGACCUGAACAUCCUCAUCCUGGUAAGCGGUACUCUGCCCGCGGGUUCCCAAGGCACUGCUACCUCCCAGACAAUGAGAUUGGAAGAAAGAUCCUGAAGCUUCUUAUUAUUGCCUGGGAGCGUCGUCUUCUCUUCACCAUUGGCACGUCGGCCACCACAGGCGAGCCUUGCACCGUGGUCUGGAACGAGAUCCACCACAAGACGGAGUUUGGCUCCAACGUGACCGGCCACGGCUACCCGGACCCCAACUACUUUGACAACGUGCUGUCCGAGCUAGCUGCCCAGGGGGUGACCGAAGACUGCUUGAAAGAUUAAUUUCCACCCUGGCAUCAGCCCUGUGCAGACCCAAUUGAGGGCAGCAGAUAACACUGGAUUUUCGAGUUUGUGGUGUCUGUUCUAAUAUUGAUUGAUAAGCCUUUACUUUAAAAGAGAUUUGCCAUCUAAGAGUAGAAUUUCCCUCUCCUCUGUCAUUUCUUCCGUGACAAAAAAAAUACAAAACACAGUAAAAAGUCCUUGUCAAAUUUUGUAUUUUCUCUGCAAAGGCUCUCUCGAAAGGAGAGGGAAUUCUACAGGCGAUAUUGUAAUUUGCUUGUCUGCAAUCUUACUUCCUCUUUCCAGUACCUUGCAGUUUUGAAUACACAUAGUGUGACCCUGUAUUCCAUGUGUUUUGGGAGUCAUAAUAAAGCCUAAAAGAGCCUAAUAUGGGGAAACACUUUGAAUGUUUUCUCUAAGAGUGUCACAUUGCAUUAUUUUUUUGCACAGAGCUUUGAGAAGUUUACCAGUAAAAUCCUUUUCACACAAAGUUUUAUGAACAUCGGACGUACCACUGUGGUGAAAUGUUGCGUUUCCGCAACUGGUUGGCCAAAUAUGUCUUCUUUUUUUGGACUUUUGUUCAUUGCAUCCAGGCUGACAUGCCCUAUGGUAUGUCAGAAUGAAUUGGAAACUCACAAAGGCACACAUAAUGAAUGUCUUUACAUCACGGUAGGUUUUUAAAAAAUCAGUUUGGGAAAGACUUUAUCGGCAAUAAAAUGUCUAUCAAAUUGUCGUGACAUCAGAAAUCUGAGUGGGUAUUGAAAACGGAUAUGGGCUUUGUCACCACUUGUCACAGGAAUGUUUCUAUUGCCACCCAAUUGUGCUUGUAAGCUCUUGACUUCAAUGUCCUGUGCACAUAUUGUUUGGUUUUUUUCUUGAGUAACAAGUGACUGAAUGAUAUAUAAGCAAUGUAUACAGUUUUAAUGCCAAAAAUGACGAUAUUAGCACACUUUUGAACGAGGUAUAUGCACAGCAUUUUAGAAGCAUGCAUAUAUAUAUUCAUGUGGCCUGUUGAACAUUCAUGAACCUGUUGAAUAUUCAUGAACCUUUGCCUUUUAUUCUGCGAGCAAGCUACAAAAAGAUGUGUUGUAAAGUUGUGGAUAAGUGUACAUAUUUAUUAUAUCUAAGCAUGCACGUAUCGCUAGUUAGUGCUGGCAAAAAGUCAAGGUUAACGGAAAUCGAAGCCAUAAAAAGGUAUGUUUAGUUGUAAAACAGUGGAAGAAACUUUAUUCCUUUAUUACACCCUGGGAUUUUUAUUUUUAAAGAAUUUUUAUUUGAAAAGGUUUUAACAGUGGGAAAAGGAACUGUUCCUUUGGGUAAACCAAAACAUGAUAUGAAACAAUGUUAACUUAUCUGUUAUUAUUAAUUCAACUUUAGUGACUAUUCAUUUUUUUUUUUAAAUGCCGAAAUCAUACGGUAAUUAUGAUGUUCCACUGUAAAACUGCUUAACUGUUGCUUAUGUGGUUUUGCAUUUCCUUUAGGUGUAAAAACUGUUGUGUACAUGUAGGUGGGUAUUUAUAUAAGGCCUUAUAAACCACACUAUUAUUGUCAUAUUUUGCUCUAAAUGACUUUUUCUUUGACACAUCAUGAAGCUUAAGAAUUGUCGUCCCCAAGCUAA